AUGGACCCAAAUUGUCAACAAGGCGCUGUUCAAGCUGGUGGUGGCAGCAUAAUGCUACUUGGAGAUCACUUGCAGCCAUUCAUGGACUUCACGUACCCCAACAACGAUGGGAUUUUUAUGGAUGACAAUGCACCAUGUCACCGGUCCACAACUGUUCGCGAUUGGUUUGAAGAACAUUCUGGACAAUUCCAGCGAAUGAUCUGGCCACCUAGACCGCCCGACAUGAAUCCCAUCGAGCAUUUAUGGGACAUCAUCGAGAGGUCUGUUCGUGCCCAAAAUCCUGCACCAUCAACACUUUCUCAAUUAAUGGAACGUCUAGAAAGACAGCAUGGCUCAAUAUUCCUGCAGAAGACUUCCAACAACUUGUUGAGUCCAUGCCACGUCGAGUUGCUGCACUUCGCCGGGCGAAAGGAGGACCUACACGAUAUUAAGACGUAUCCCAUGACUUUUGUCACUUCAGUCGCAUCUCAAUUUCGAGAAUAUCAAUUUACUUGCCAAGCUAGUCAAGAAGCUGAUUUCCUAUCUUUCCAAGCAUUGUGUGGUAUAGCCUAUAUCUAUGACAGAGCACGGUUGCUGAGAUUCUGGUUCGGGGUGAAGCCCAUCGUGCUUUUCUUCAAACCGGAGACCGUCGAGGUUGUGUUAAGUAGCAAUGCAUUGUUGGAGAAAACAUUUGUAUAUGAUUUCUUAGCACCAUGGUUUAAACAGGGACUAAUUACAAGUUCUGGGGCAAAAUGGCGCAAGAGGAGGAAGCUUUUAACCCCAGCUUUCCACUUUAGAAUACUGGAUGAUUUCUUGCCCGUCAUUGACAGCCACGCUCGAUUCUUGGCGGAGAAGUUGAGGGAACAAGUCGGGAACAAAUCGUUUGAUCUGGUCCCCUACAUUACAUUAUGCUCACUGGAUAUCCUGUGUGAAACGGCCAUGGGAAAAUAUGUUGGAGCACAAAAGAAGGACACACCUUACAUAAAGGCUCUUAGCGCAGCAUCACACCUAUUUGGUGUCCGGUUUAUGAAGCCCUGGUUGUGGCCGGAAUUCGUAUUCGGUCGGACGGCAGAAGGCAGAAAAUUCAAAGAAAGCACCGACACCAUGGAUGCUUUUACAAGAGGGGUAAUCCGUGAGCGCAAGCAGUUCAUCAUGAGCGAAGUGAAGGGCGGCUCUAACUUGGAAGAUGCAUUCAAGAAGGACGAUUACGGCAUGAAAAGGCGGAAGGCCUUCCUCGAUCUUCUGCUCUAUGAGCAUUUAUCUGACCCCUGCUUUACAGAAGAAGAUAUCACAGAAGAAGUUAACACCUUUAUGUUUGCGGGACACGAUACUACGGCCGUGGGCAUGAGCUGGGCCCUCUACUUGAUUGGUCAAGACCCUGAAGUGCAGAAAAAAUUGCAAGAUGAAUUGGAAGAAGUCUUCGGCGACGACUACGAUAGGCCUUUUGAAGUUGAAGAUCUUAAGAAUCUCAAAUAUUUGGAAUGCGUAUUAAAGGAAAGUCAACGUCUGUAUCCGUCUUUGCCAUACAUCGGCAGAGAAUCCAGUUGUGAUGUUGUUGUUAAUGGGUACACGAUUCCCGCUGGAACAAACUGCAUGAUAUUCACAUACAUGCUACACAGAGACUCAGACGUAUUCCCAAAUCCAGAGAAGUUUGAUCCAGACCGGUUCUUACCAGAAAAUGCGACGGGCAGACACCCCUACGCUUAUGUUCCCUUCUCUGCAGGACCCAGAAACUGCAUUGGGCAAAGAUUCGCCAUGAUGGAAGAAAAGGUUGUUCUUGCCCAUGUUCUCAUGAACUACGAGGUGAAAUCUUUGGUUCCUAGGGAUCAACUGCAGCUGACAGCGGAAAUGGUACUUCGAUCACACAAUGGAAUCAUCAUGCAAAUUACUCCCAGGCAGAGAUGAAAUUUCAGAAUUGCUACCAAAGUUUACGUCAGUUUACUAAACUUAAGAGCAGCGAAUUGGUUGCCCUCUUAAAUUAUUGCUGAUACAUUUAUUGCUAAGUGGAGGUCGAUAUUCAUUUACAGUGUUUUGCUUACCCAAAGGACAAAUUUUGAAGUCGACUUUCACAAACAACUUUUUUUUUUAUGUCUUAUCGAUCCAGUAACCUUAAUAACGAGAUCGACAAGACCAGAUUGGUCACAUGAGUAAAAAAAAAAAAAGCAUCAGUCCAUCAUUUGGUGUAAAAAUUGUGACCAAAACAUAAGUCUCGGUAACGGAUCAUCAUUUUAUUCUAGUUGCUGAAAAGCAACUUGAAUAAAAAUGGAAAAUAUAUGUUUCAUAAGGUGUUACAAAUGUUGAAUGGGGGAAAAAGUAACUAUUAAGUAUAAAACAGGAAUUCGAUUACUAGUAAGCAAUCACAAUCUUGUAAAUAUGUGUAUAGUUAUGUAGAAUAGCAUCUUUGUAAAAUGUUGAUCGUUUUUGUGUAAAAUUGUAAUUGUCAAACUAUCUG